GCUCACCCUAUACACUCUUUCAAUAACUUCUCAUGCCUACGCCAUUAGAAACAUGGUUCUAUGAGAUUCCUCCUAUAACAAGAGCAUAUGUUACGGCGGCAUGUUUGACCAGUCUGGCAGUGCAAUUGGAACUUGUUCAUCCUAUAAAGCUGUGGCUCGACUACGAUAGAAUAUUAUACGGAAAUGAGUGGUGGAGGUUAAUAACGAAUUUUCUAUACUUUGGUCCGCUCUCAUUGGACUUCAUGUUCCAUAUAUUCUUUUUAGCUCGAUAUAGCCGGAUGAUGGAAGAAAGCCAUUUUCGUUCUCGAGGUGCCGACUAUGCCUGGCUGUUACUACUCUCAGCUAUUGCUUUGUUGAUAUGCUCGAUAAUCGUACCAAUGGCAGACAUGCCAUUCUUGGGAUCGCCUCUGGCUUUUACGUUGGUGUAUAUCUGGUCUCGAAGGAAUCCCUAUAUUCGACUGAGUUUUAUGGGCGUACUUGUAUUUUCUGCUCCUUAUCUCCCUUGGGUGCUUCUAGGUUUCUCAUUGUUGAUCAAUAGUCAUUUGCCUAUGGGAGACGUGUUAGGCAUUGCUGUUGGUCAUGUUUACUAUUUCCUUGAAGAUGUGUGGCCCCGAGAGCCACAUAGCGGUGGAAGACGACUACUUCAAACCCCUGGAUGGUUUGCUUCAGUAGUAAACAGAAUGACGCCAACCGAGGAGCUAGAUAUCCCAGUGAACAUAUUAGAUGAUGAUCCUCCAUACACCUUUGAUUCGAAUACCAACAAUCUCGAAAAUAAUGAUGAGCGUGUAUCUAGUCAAACAGAUAAUGAAAUGCCAUCAGCGGAAACGGCAGCUCCAGCCUCAGCAAAUGAAUCGCCGAGCUGAGAACAAUUGCACUCAGCUUUUUGGCAGAAUUUCCAAUCCUAAAAACCCUAACCCCAGAAAAGUUUUUCAGAUAUAAAAUUUGCGUUGAAAACUUUUUAGUAUACCAUAUUCCUCUUUAUCCUGCGCUUCACAUGAAUGACCUGAAGGUAUGUAUUGUACGUCUCUUAGCUUCGCGGUAGGGAUGAAUUGUUAUGAUGAUACCUGCACAUGUCCGAUUGAGGGAUCAAAGUGAAGGACCAGCUUGUUGCUUUACAGCUUCUGAGCGGGAACCCACCUUCACUCCUAAGAGAUGACGACGACCGCACAUAACGUCUGAACAGCUCUUCAUUCCUACGCGUAAAACAAUUUGAAUGCUUCAGGUCAUGUCUCUAACCUGCACUUCCAAAUCUUUAGAUCGUACGUGGAUGGUUGCUAAGGCUCCAAUACAUGCGUAAUAUCAGCUCAUCGAAUGUGAAUCGAAGGAUAACUGAAUAAAAUCACGUAACAU